UGUAGGCUUGUCUCUAUCUCUGCUGUGAUCAGCGUUCUCUCUUGUAGGGAAGGCGGAAAAGCCAGCUACUGGUCACAGGGGCGGAUCCAAGGCGCUCGGGCUUGUCCCCAUUGCCGCUGCCACGGGCGCUUCCUCCAAAUCCCCAGCUGGAGCUCGAGAUCUUGCGCCAAUGAGCGAGAAGGAGGAGGAGAUGAGAGACAAACAGGGUCCGCAGAUCGGCACGGUGGGAGCGCUCGGCCUCUCGGUGAUAUCAUCCGUGGCCAUUGUAAUUUGCAACAAGGCGCUCAUCACUACGCUGGGAUUUAACUUUGCGACCACGCUAACUGGCUGGCAUUUGCUCGUCACGUACUGCUCCCUCCACGUCGCUCGCUGGCUGAAGCUCUUCGAGCACAAGCCGUUCGAUGCGAGAACUGUGAUGGGAUUCGGCGUUCUAAACGGCAUCUCGAUUGGCCUCCUCAAUCUCACGCUUGGCUUCAACUCGGUUGGAUUCUACCAGAUGACCAAACUCGCGAUCAUUCCUUGCACAGUGCUUUUGGAGACGGUGUUCUUACGGAAAGUUUUCAGUAAAAGCAUUCAGCUUGCCUUGCUGCUACUUCUCGUUGGUGUGGGAAUUGCCACCAUAACAGAUCUCCAGCUUAACGCUCUUGGUUCUGUUUUAUCCGUCUUCGCGAUUGUCACGACUUGUGUUGCGCAGAUCAUGACCAACACUAUUCAGAAAAAGUUCAAAGUUUCGUCCACGCAGCUACUAUACCAAUCUUGCCCUUACCAAGCUACAACGUUGAUACUUACUGGUCCUUUCUUGGAUGGCCUUCUUACUGGGGAAAAUGUGUUCGCUUUCUACUACACCUACAAAGUUCUGCUAUUCAUCAUCCUUUCUUGCUUGAUUUCCGUUUCUGUGAACUUCAGCACAUUCCUUGUUAUAGGGAAGACGUCGCCGGUGACUUACCAAGUCUUAGGCCACCUUAAGACGUGUCUCGUUUUGGCCUUCGGGUACAUUCUGCUGCAAAAUCCUUUCAGCUGGAAAAACAUUUUUGGUAUUGCGGUGGCGGUGGUGGGAAUGGGUGUCUACUCCUACGUUAGCGUUCUAGAAAACCAGCUAAAGCAAAACGAAAUUGCGACAACUCUUCCUCAGGUGAUGAAGCAGGAGCAGGAUCCUUUGCUGCACGAGAAUGGAAAUGGAACAGCACAAAAGGAUGUCGAGGAACCUGUGACAACGUGGAUCAAAUCUGACUCAGGAAAAGAUUUUUGAGGCUCUCAUCGUUGCUCUAUAAUUGUAGAUAAGGUGGCGAUGCUAGCUUUACAGCCAGUGCACGUAAAUACAUUGCAUGGCUCGAUAACAAGCUUUUGUGCUUCUGCGAAGAAGAAUGCAAGAUUUUUUGUAGAAUUUGAAAGGUCUUCUUUUGCUAA